CACGAUUUGUAGGUAUUACGAGAUAAAAAUUUACACAACUUUCGACUCAUAAACAAACGAAAAUUUGCAAAUAUAACAGUGUGACAGGUUGUUUUCCUGACAUGAAACGAUUAAUAUUGUCAUUACCCUCUGUUCUGGGUAGAGGAGCUUCAAAACUAAAGCUGCGAAAUAAUGCAAACACGACCACAUCUUUGCAAGGAGGAAGAGAGUUUUCAGACGAGGCUGUAGAUCAUUCAACAACACCUUUUCCAGAAUUUGACAGUUUUAAAACACAUGACGAACUGUAUCAGUUUAGUCUGAACUCACCGGAAUUCUUCUGGGGCACACUUGCAAGAUCUCGUCUGAAAUGGUUUAGAGACUUUGGUCAAGUGAAGGACUGUGAUCUUAUAAGGGGUCAUAUAAGAUGGUUUCUUGAUGGACAGUUGAAUGUUGCAGUAAACUGUGUUGACAGACAUGCAGAAAAGAAUCCAGACAGUAUUGCUCUAAUAUGGGAAAAGGAUGAACCAGGCACACAGGAAUAUGUCUCAUACAGAGAGUUGCUUCAGUUGGUGUGUAGAAUGUCCAAUGUUCUGGAGAGUCAUGGGGUGAAGAGGGGAGACAGGGUAGCUAUCUACCUCCCUCAGUCCCCUGUAGCAGUGGCUGCCAUGCUGGCAUGUGCACGUAUAGGAGCCAUACACAAUGUUGUGUUUGCUGGUUUCAGUGCUGAAGCUCUGGCUGGACGUAUUAUUGAUGCUCAAGCUGAGACUGUGAUAACAGCUGACCAAGGGGUGAGAGGUGGAAAAAUUAUAGAACUGAAACAUGUGGUGGACGAGGCUGUUCAAACUUGCCCUUGUGUUAAACGUGUGUUUGUAUAUCAGCGAACUGGGGCUGAUGUACCUAUGGGUAAACUGGAUAUAAAUCUGGACAAGGAAUUAGCUAGUCAGCCAGAUACCCACACCCCUGCUGUACUGGACAGUGAAGAUUAUCUGUUUAUGCUGUAUACAUCAGGGUCCACUGGAAAACCAAAGGGUAUUGCUCACACGCAGGCUGGUUACCUAUUGUAUGCAGGUCUUACCAUGAAGCAUGUAUUUGACUACCAAGAUAAGGAACUGUUUGGCUGUGUGGCAGAUAUUGGCUGGAUCACUGGACAUUCCUAUGUGGUUUAUGGACCUUUGAGUAAUGGAGCAGCUACCUUGCUGUUUGAGAGCACUCCAGUAUAUCCAAACCCAGGCCGUUACUGGGAAACUGUUGAAAGAUUGAAAUUAAACCACUUAUAUCUGGCACCUACUGCACUACGUAUGUUACUGAAGUCUGGUAACUCAUGGGUCACAAGAUAUGAUAGGUCUUCUCUGAGGAAACUUGGCUGUGUUGGUGAACCAUUGAACAGAGAGGCCUGGGAAUGGUUUUAUGAGGUGAUUGGCGAAAAAAGAUGUGAUAUAUGUGACACUUGGUGGCAAACUGAAACGGGUGGUAUUGCAAUCACUCCAAGACCGUCAGCACCAGGAGCAGAGAUUAGACCAGCCAUGCCAAUGAGACCAUUUUUCGGUAUAGAGCCAGUUUUGAUGGAGCCACAAAUGGGUACGGAGUUGAAAGGAGGGAAUGUGAAAGGGGCACUGUGUAUUAAACGACCAUGGCCGGGAAUGGCAAGGACCAUAUAUGGGGAUCAUCAACGAUUUAUUGAUACUUACUACAAAACUUACCAUGGUUUAUAUUUCACUGGAGAUGGAGCAUAUAGAACACAGGAUGGGUAUUACCAGAUCACAGGUAGAAUGGAUGAUGUCCUUAAUGUCAGUGGUCAUAGACUUGGUACUGCAGAAAUUGAGGAUGUCAUUGAUGAUCUGGAAGAAACAGCAGAAUCUGCAGUUGUAGGCUUUCCUCAUGAAAUCAAAGGAUGGGGUAUCUAUGCAUUUGUGGUGCUCAAGGAUGAGGUAAAUACACCAGAAAAUGAGAUGAAAGAGCAACUUAAAGCUAUGGUGAAACAGAGAAUAUCCGGGUUUGCCCAGCCAGAUGUUAUCAUGUUUGCUCCAGGAUUGCCAAAAACUCGUUCUGGGAAGAUCAUGCGACGAAUCUUACGUAAAAUAGCAGCCAACCAGCCUGAAGAACUUGGUGAUGUCUCUACAUUGUUUGAUCCUGGUGUAGUGGAUGCUCUUGCAGAAAAACACAAUCAAAUUACUAAAAAGUCCUAAUGGGAUUUUAUAAAGUUUUAUAAACUUGGCUUUGGACAUUUUUCAAGACAUUUACCAGAAGAAACAUUCACCUGUGGCCAUAACCAAAGAAUGGUCUAGAGUGAUAUUUAUGCAAAUUUAUAGCAGUACAUGUGAUAAAAUUAGGAUUUGAUAACAAGAUGUGGAACUGUAUUCCAGUUGUUGUAAAAAAAAUGGCCCCAAAGUACAAUUAAUUUCCCAUAGGGUUACAUACAAAUAUAUCAAUGCAAGGCUUUGACACAAUGUUCUGAAGACAAAUGCAAAUACCUUCUCUUUAGAAAUCUAUCCGAGAGAAACACAAAAAUCACUUUGAAGUGACCUGUUGACCUGCUACUUUUCUCCUCACAUCUGUCAGAAUGAAUAGUGUAUUGCAUUUUUACAAAGUGAAGCGGUCCAGCCUACUUUUUGUACAAAUCCACAGACAGUCAUUUGCACAAGAAACCAUGAUUUUCCAGAAUUUUUUUACCCCUUUCUCUUCAUUUACAUCAGAUCUAUAAAAUUUGGCUACUUUCAGAAGCUCAGAAUAUCUAUUUACAAUCAAAUCCAUCAUAAAAUGAGGGACCUCUUUUCUCUCGGAUACACUUCCUUUAGUUGGGUAACGAAGGGCAGGUAACUCAGUACCUUGUUACACCUCAUGUAAAUAUUUCAAACACUUUCUUUGAACAUAUAAUGAAUACCAAUACAUUACAUUUUAACUAUUUAUCAAAAUAUUUUUACCCAUAAUGUGUCUGUUUGCUUUUAGCAGCACAACCAUACAUUCAUGCUAGACACGUGAGUAUCAUUGUAAUGGUUUUUUAAUAUGUAUUUUUUAAUUAUUGCUUCGAAGUGAAGAAAUGAUGAAUGCAAGCGUUUAAUAAACUUCAGAUAAAAUUGUUUAGAGCUGGGUCUAAAAUUAUAAUGUGUUAUUUUUAUCCACCGAGUUUUGAGAUAUGCUUUAUGUAAAAAUCUCAAACACAAAGGUGUUACAAUUUUACAGGAUUUUAGAUUAUAUCUUUGUUUAACUUUUACGACUGUUAAAUUUAUCAUAUUUUAAACCUUUUUUUUGAUAUUGUAAUUUAUCAUUAAUCAAUUAAUAGAUAUUUUAGCACGAUGUGACCGUGUGUAACAUUUCCUGUAUUGACAUAUAGGAAAACAACCUACUGGUAUAUACCAGGUAAUAUUCUGUGAUAAAAUAAAUUUGGCAGUUACAAUUUACACCUUACAAUUGUAUCCUUGAGGUUCUACCUCCAUUGUAUUACAUGUAAAUGUUGUAUAUAAACAAAAAUUAUUCAAACUGUGGUAAGACAAAAAAAUUUAAAAGACAAUGUCACAGAAUUUUGAUAUCAGAUUGUAUUGACUCUUGUUCAGAGAAGUAAACACAUAAUUUCUACAAUGCCAACUUGCUCAGAUAUGAUUUAACAAUGAUGUAAAUUAUCAGAGUCAUAAAAGGUAUGAUGUCAUACACAAGUUAAGAUCAUAAGACUAGGUCAAUUAACAAAAUCUCUGCAUUUUCUUUAUUAUCCCCCGACGAAAGUCGGAGGGAUAUAGUUUUGGCGUUGUCCGUCCUUCCUUCCGUCCGUCUUUCUGUCCGUCCUUCCGUCUUUCCGUCCGUCCGUCCGUCCGGAGCCAUAUCUAGGAAAUGGUUGGGAAUAUUUAUUUAAAACUUCAUAUAAAUGUUCACCACAAUGAGUUCUUGCGGCCCUUCAGGUUUCAGUCAGAUUGCCCAAGUAACACCAGAGUUAUGGCCCUUAGAAGUUUCUAGUGUUAACUAUAUAGGGUACUAUAAAUAUGGCAAUUUCUGCAUCAUAACUUUUGAUAUAUUUGACCUAGAACUAUGAAACUUAAACAGAAUAUAGAUCACCAUAAUGUGGUUGUGUACACACAAUUUCAUUUGGAUUUAUUUGUAAAUUAAGAGUUAUUGCCCUUUAAUUGUAUAAAAAUCCACAUAUUUGUACAUAACAAACUUACCAUUUGGUAGAAUUUCAUUAAAUUUUUUUCAUUCUUUUCCAUGAACAUUUAUUGUAAACAUGUGAAGUUGUGUACCCACACCUGGUCACCCCCUUACCUUGAUCACACACCUCCCCCCUUAUCCCCCCCCCCCCCCCCCCCCCCCCCCCAAAAAAAAAAAAAAAAUUCAUUCCUUAUUUUAGAUUUUUUUCAAACAAACUUCAUAUACAUGUUCACCACUAUAAGGUUAUGGGGCCCAUCAAGUUUCAGACAGAUUGCCCAAGUAACACCAGAGUUAUGGCCCUUAGAAGUUUCUAGUGUUAACUAUAUAGGGUACUAUAGAUCUAUAGAUAUGCCAAUUUCUGCAUCAUAACUUUUGACAUAUUUGACCUAGAACUAUGAAACUUUAACAGAAUUUAGAGCACUAUAAUGUGGUUGUGCACAGACAAUUUUGUAAGGAUUUCUUUUUGUAACUUCAGAGUUACUGCCCUUUAAUUGUCUAAAAAUCCACAUAUUUGUACAUAACAAACUUACCAUUUGGCAGAAUUUCAUUAAAUUUCUUUCAUUCUUUUCUGUGAACAUUUAAUAUAAACAUGUGAAGUUGCGCACCCACACCUGGUCACCCACUUGCCUUGGUCACACCCCCUCCCCCUCCCAACCCCCCUUCCCCCCCCCCCCCCCCACUCCCAAAAAAAAAUUUUUUUUUUUUUCAUUUCUUAUUUUAGAUUUUUUUCAAACCUUCCAAGUUGUACCAUUCCCCCACCUCACUUCUCCAUCCAGUCAUGCCCACCACUGAUCAUGCAUCCUCUGCACCCCCCCCCCCCUCCAACUUCACCCUUUUACCUUUUUUUUUUUUUUUUCAUUUUUAAUUUUCAAUCAAUAUUUAUAAUCAACAUGUGAAAUUUUGUUUCCUCUCCCGUUCCCCUGCACCCCCACCCCCUAAAAAAAUAAAUAUAUACAUACAUCUAUAUAUAGAUAUAUAUAUUUCCAUUCCUUUUUAUGCCCCCCUUCGAAGAAGGAGGGGUAUAUUGUUUUGCAGAUGUCGGUCGGUCUGUCUGUCGGUCGGUCGGUAGGUCGGUCGGAAUGUAGACCAAUCCGUUUCCGGAUGAUAACUCAAGAACGCUUGGGCCUAGGAAUAUGAAACUUGAUAGGUAGGUUGAUCAUCACCAGCAGAUGACCCCUAUUGAUUUUGAGGUCUGUAUGUCAAAGGUCAAGGUCACAGUGACCCUGAAUAGUAAAACGGUUUCCGGAUGAUAACUCAAGAACACUUGGGUCUAGGAUCAUGAAAGUUGAUAGGGAGGUUGAUAAUGACCAGCAGAUGACCCCUAUUGAUUUUGAGGUCAGUAUGUUAAAGGUGAAGGUCACAGUGACCCUGAACAGUUAAACGGUUUCCGAAUGAUAACUCAAGAACGCUUAGGCCUAGGGUCAUGAAAGUUGAUAGGGAGGUUGGUCAUGACCAACAGAUGACCCCUAUUGAUUUUCAGGUCAGUAUGUCAAAGGUCAAGGUCACUGUAACCAGGAACAGUAAAAUGGUUUCUGGGCAAUAACUCAAGAACGAUUGGGCCUGGUGUCAGGAAAAUUGAUAGUUAGGUUGGCCAUGACCAGCAGAUGACCCCUAUUGAUUUUGAGGACAUUAGGUCAAAGGUCAAGGUCACAUUGGCCAGGAACAGUUAAACAGUUUCUGAUCUUCUUGUCCAAAACCAUAGGGCUUAGGGCUUUGAUAUUUGGUAUGUAGCAAAAUCUAGUGGUCCUCUACCAAGAUUGUUCAGAUUUUUUUCCCUGGGGUUAAAUAUGGCCCCACCCCGGGGGUCACAUGGUUUAUAUAGACUUAUAUAGGAAAAAACUUUGAAAAACCUCUUGUCCAAAACCACAGGGCCUACGGCUUUGAUAUUUUGUAUAUGACAUCAUCUAGUUGUUCUCUACUAAGAUUGUUCAAAUUAUUCCCCGAGGGUCAAAUAUGGCUCUGCCCUGGGGGUCACGUGGUUUACAUAGACUUAUAUAAUAGGGAAAAACUUUGAAAAUCUUCUUGUCCAAACUACAAAGACUUUGGCUUUGAUAUUUUGUAAUGUAGCAUCAUCUAGUGGUUCUCUGCCAAGUUUGUUCAAAAUAUCUCUCUAGGGUCAAAUAUGGCCUCGCCCCAGGGGUCACAUGGUUCAUACAGACUUAUAUAGGGAAAAACUUAGAAUCUUCAUGUCCAUAACUUACAUCAUUCAAAUUUUGACCACAUGUAUAGUUUUGAGUGGCAAGAUGAACCUUGACAUGAGUUGACCUUGAUCUUGACCUAGUGACCUACUUUCACAUUUCUGUAGCUACAGCCUUCAAAUUUGGACCACAUGCAUAGGUUUGUGUACCGAAAAAAACUGACCUUGUUAUUGACCUAGUGACCUACUUUCACAUUUCUGUAGCUACAGCCUUCAAAAUUGGACCACAUGCAUAGGUUUUUGUUUCAAAAUAAAAUUUGACCUUGAUUUUGACCUAGUGACCUACUUUCACAUUUCUGAAGGUACAGGCUUUAAAUUUGGACCACUUGCUUAGUUUUGUGUUCCGUAAUAAAAUUUGACCUUGAUUUUGACCUAGUGACCUACUUUCGCAUUUCUCAUGCUACAGCCUUCAAAUUUGAACACAUGCAUAGUUUUGUGUACCGAAAUGAACUUUGAUCUUGAGAAUGACCUAGUGACUUACUUUCUCAUUUCUGAAGCUACAGGCUUCAAAUUUGGACUGCGUGCAUAUUUUUAUGUUCUGAAUUGAAAUUUGACAUUGAUUUUUACCUAUUAUGUACUUUCACAUUUCUCAAGCUACAGCCUCCAAAUCUGAAGCUCGUGCAUAGUUCUGUCUAUCGAAAUGAACUUUGACCUUGAAAUUGAUCUAGUGGCCUACUUUCACAUUUCUCAAGCCACAGCUUUCAAAUUUGGACCACAUACACAUUGAUUUGUACCGAAAUGAAAUCUGACCUUGAGCUAGUCUUGAAAUUUGGAACAUUCAAAAAUGGCUCAGUGGAUGGCACCAAGAUCACUCUGUAAUCUCUUGUUAGGUUAAUAAGUUAAAGGUAAAUGUCGGAUUAAACCAGAAUGGUAGAACUUUUGUUUACAGUGAGCAUAAAAUUUUUGUUCCUUGUGCAAUUAUUAAUGAAUGCAUCAAGGGGGGCAUUUCGUGUUCGACGAGCUCUUGUUUUUUUUUUUUUUUAAAUGUUCAAACCUUCAACAUGUUAAGUUGUGACUGCACAAACCUUGCCCUCAGCCAUGUUCAAGAUAUCUUACCUGUGUUCUCUCAAGGACAUCUGCUCUUUUAAGUUCAAAUGUACAUGUUAAACAGCAACACCUGGUGCCAAACCACUCAAAGACAACAUUUCGUUCCAGUUAAACUUCAAGCUCACAUUUCAAUUAACUGCAUUUAAUUUUAAAAGCUAAGCUUAUUACAGUAAGCAUAUCCCAUUCAAAUUAAAUUCUUUAGUCAGGAUCAAAGUAUCAUACAUUUAUUAUGUACUCUUUAAUUAAACAUUUGUUUUCUGUUAAAUUGAUUUUGACUAAUGAAAUUAUUUGCUUCUUAUUAACAUCCUUAACUUUUUGCCGGAUAUAUCUUUUUGCCAUUCCUCACCACAAACCCUUUCGGCGGGGGAUACCAAUUCAUCGAAUUUGCUUGUUGCAAGUAGUUUAUGAAUUGUUAGAUUAUUAGUUCAUGAAUUCUCCUUUAAAUUUCAUUAUUCAGAGCUUUGUGUAUUUAUUGUCAUAGCACAUGCAUUAAUUAAAAAAUUACUGUAGUUAUUGUGUAUAAUGCAAUGUUUUGACACCUGAAGCCACUCCUGAAACGUGGGUGUGUAUUAUACACAGGCCUAGACGAUUUUCCAACUUUAAAUAUAAAUGUUUGUUGAAAAAAAAUUGUGCCAUGCCAGUAAGGGGAAACUACUCUUAAUGCCUAAAAGUGGCUGCCGUGCCAGUAAGGGGAAACUACUCUUCACACCUAAAAGUGGCUGCCAUGCCAGUAAGGGGAAACUACUCUUCAUGCCUAAAAGUGGCUGCCAUGCCAAUGAGGGGAAACUACUCUUCAUGCCUAGAAGUGGCUAGGCUAAAAAGAUAAGAUUGCCACUAUGCUCAGUAAUAGAUAAAAUGGUUAAUUUUUUUAAACAAAUUUAGUUUUAAUAGUAUUUUGAAGAAAGAAAUCAUAAUAUUGUGAUACUAGUGAAAGAAUGAGUAUAACUGAAACCAAACUGAACAACAAAAUUGACAGGGCAGGUGUCACGCAAAUGCCAAUAAUUACCAGCUGUUUGAUCUUUAACAGAUCAGAACAAAAGACGACCAUACCUUUUGGUAUAAGUUUGAAUUGAGAAGCACAUGUCAUUUUGAAAGAAGUUGCAACUCCCAUGAUAUUGCAGAAAUUGCUAUCUAUUUAUUCAUAGAAAUAUUUAAAUUAAAACAAAAGAAACAACAAUUGUAGCAACAUUUUAUUCAAUCUGGCUUUAUUUUCAAAAUAGCAUGAAUCAAGCAUGUAGUGAGACCAGUUAUGUUCUUUGCUGCAGAGAUCAAAUUUAUUACUGGUGUUAAUGUAAACUUCUAAUUUCGUUUUCAGUCUACCUCAAAAUUGACCCAAAAAAGUUCUUUUCCCAGGACUUUGGGCUAAAAUCAGGGGAACAUAAUUAUUAUGUAGAGGUGUGCAGUAUAUAUCAGUAUAACAGAAUUGUUCUUCAACUUCAAAAAGUGAUCCUAAAAUCAAAGUUGAAUUAGUUUCACCAGUCAACAUAAACAUGUGCCUUAUUAUUUGUGUGUUGUUUUGGUUAAAGAGACCAAGUUAAAGACUUGUGCAUUAUUAAGAAAUUCCAAAGACAUUGAUUCUUGAAUCAUUUUAUUGUCUUGAAGUUUUCUUAGUUAUUUUUUUCAACAAACAUUAUCCCAUAUUGAUAUGACACUAUAUUUUUUCACACAAAAUUAAGAUAAUGACACUUUGUUAAAAGUUAUUCAGCAAGGUGGUCUCUUUUCCUGCUGUGACUAUGCAUGUGUGUGUCUGUGGCACAUCGUGAAAAUGAUCUGAUAAAAUACAUGCAGAAUUCAUAUGGCAUUUAUUGAAAACAUUUCAGAAGGAGUAUGCUUUAAGUUUAAAUUAUCUUCAUUUUAAUGAUAUAUACCGUAUUUUGGUGCGUAUAGGUCGCGGUAAUGUAUAGUCCGCAUCUAAUUUUUGCUCUGGAAAUUGUCGGAAAAUUUAAGUUCUAGCGUAUUAGUCGCAGUUAAAUUUCGGAUUUUUUCCCCAGCAAUAUUUACCGGCAAAAAAAGUUAGAGUGGCGGCGGCCAUAUUGAUGCCGCGGACUGAAUAAUUAUCAGAACCUGAUUGGUGGAAAUCGCACAGUGUUAUUUUCGAUCACAACCAUUUCGUACCAACAGUAGUAUAGGUAACAGACUACAUCUCAAAUCAAAGAAAAGCGGCUUUUUGACACUAAUUGGCAGCAGUCGGUUUGUGUUUACACUCUGUAAUUAUGCAAGUUAAAGUGUGAAUUGUUUGCACAGCAAUUAUAACACCUCUCCGCGUCAUGUAAUUAACCGCGUUCUUUUGAUUCUGAGUAAAAAGAUUAACAAAAUAUCCCUUUUUGGAUUCUUUUAAUUAAAAAUCAAAAGUAAAAAAUUUAUCAUUCAAGUUUUUAAUAUGCUAAGAAUUAGUAUAAACAAUGUUUGGAAUGGAGGACGGAUCUGACCGGAUUUUAUCCAUCCCGUAGUACAUGUACCUGUCAAUGGCGUCCAGUAAAACGAAAGUAGAAACAAACGUAAUUCAAACUGCAAAAACAUUUUUGAAUUAAAGUCAUUCGUAAUUUUAAUAGUCUGUAUGAGUUAUUUGCGAUAUAUUUUAUUGAAAGUAACCGCUGUUGGUUGAAAAGCCGCCGAUAUUGAUACUUUUUAUCCAUUUUGUUUGUUCGUAACAGAUGCACGUAAUUUUGAGAGAGCUACGGUCAGAAAAUUGGCCCGAAAAAAAUUCUGCUGGCAAUGUUCUGUCGUAUAGGUCGCAGGAACUUUUUCAGGCAGCAAAAUAGGUAGAAAAAGUGCGACCUAUACGCACCAAAAUACGGUAACUCAACCUUUUCUAUAGCGGGAACAUCCUGCUAGAACUGAAAUGUGUAAUAAAGCUGAUAAAGCUUGUUGUUGUGGGGAGGUUUAUUAGCAGAGUUACUAUCAGUGGGAUUGAAAAUCUCUGCCAUUGUAGAGAGAUCAUAGAUCUAUUUGUUUCUUCAAGCUUCAAGGUGUUGUUAGCAAAGGUUCUCCUGUAUCUCGUUGGUUUUUGUUUCUUUUUGGGGUUUUUUUUGUUGUUUGUUUUGCUUUAAUGUUUUUAGGAGUUUUUUUCAUACUAAGAGUUUCCUGUGUAAGUUUUAUUCAUGAAUUUAAAUAAUCAGAAUUUUAGAAAAAUUAUAUUGCUAGUCAACAGGCCCUUUUAUGAUUAGUCCGUAAAUAUUCUUUGUAUUAAGAAGGGCUGAUGUUUUAUUUACAAUAGUUGUAUAAGAAAUAGUAUACCAUGUAUAAUUGUGCAUGAUUUGUAAAGAUGUUUGUAAGUCUCGCAAAUAAAAUGUAGUUUUGAAAUAAAAAAAUUAUAUUUUGAGAAUUGUCUUGUGUGACUGUGCCAGAAUUAAUUUUGAAAUUGUACCUAGAGAUGAUUGUGAGUUUAUGAGUGCUGUUAAAGUUUGUCAUUUUAAACAAAGCUACUGCAUCAUAGGUCAGACAUGAAUUAUUUAGAAAUGGAUGGAACAGACCUGUCUUGUUAUAUUCAGUCGAACUUGUCUAUAAAGACCACCCUUGGGAGAGCCAAAAUUUGGUCUUUAUUGGGAGGUGGUCUUUAUUCACAGGUUAAGAUACAAUAUGAAUGUUAAAAUGGGAAACAAAACAUGUGGUCUUUUCCAGAAAAGGAUUUUAAGCCAAACGUGAAACAGAAUGUAUGCUGUAAACUCCCAGAUAAAGAUGAUUUAGAUUGAUUAAGGUGUAAAAUAUCAAUAUUCUUUGGUAAAAAUGUGAAGAGAAAAAAGGCAUUGUUAGUAUUUAUCUGUCCAUUACAUGUUUGUAUGUAUUUACUAUAAUUUAGGUAGUUUAUGUACUGUGGAUCAGUUUUUAUAUGACUGCCUCGAGAGCUGAUGCUUAAUAAUUUUUAUAUUGUUUAAUGAUAAUUUUCACUUACACACUAAACCGAGGGACAGAAGGACAUAUUUAGCUCAACAUUUACACCACUUUUGCCAGUGAAGAAAAGAUGUCCUGUGGAUAUUGAGACGAUUUGUAUUUUUAGCUUACUUGAAUCAAAGGUUCAGGGUGAGCUAUUAGAAUAAGUGGCUGAUCCUACAUGUGGUGUCCAUGAUUAUUUUUGCUAGAAAUUCUUCUGCUCUGACAUUUCUUAUCAUAAUUACAUCAAACUUGGUCUGUAGCAUUCUGGCAAGGUCUUUUUUCAAUUUUCUUCAGAUGGAGACUCUUGGCCCUUUUAGUUGCCAUGGGAGCUAAAAAUAAAAGCCUUUAAACUACUUCUCAAGAACAACUUCAUGGAUCUUGAUAAAACUUGGUUUGUAGUAUCAUAUAAGGUCAUCUCCUAAAUAUUUUCAAAUGGGGGCUCCUGGAGCUAAAAAUAGAAAAAAACAACUUUUUCAUAUAAACCACUUGAUAGAUCACCAUCAACCGUUAUAAUGCCUUCCACCCCCCCCCCCAAGUUUUGUUCUGAUGGGUAGGCAAUGGGUACUUGUAGAGCUAAAACCUUGGAACUAUUAAAGCUAAAAUAGAAAUGCUUGUUUCUACUUCCACUCAUGAAGGAUCAUCAUCAAACUUGGUUAGUAACAUGAUUCUAAAAUUCUGUAAGAAUCUUUUUUAAAUUCGAGCCCUUAGCCCCUUUAAUGGGCCACUAGAGCUAAAAAUAUAAAUAUCAUUAAAAUUACUUUUUCACUUGAACUGCUUGAUGGAUCUUCAUUAAAAUUAGUCCAGAUCCUCUCUCAGAUUUGUUCAAAUGGGAGUACUUUAGCUGUUUUAUAUGCUAAACACAGAUGUUACCAUGAAUGAUUCACUGUCAUAAUUAUAGUCUAGUCAGGUGAGCAACUUAAGGCCACUGUGGCCCUCUUGUUAUUAAUUACCAUUAUCCUUUGAGUAAGGUCAUUAGAUAGGUCCUGUGGAAAUAAUGCUAGCUGCCUUAUUAUCUUUGUUUCAAUUUUUAUGCCAGUUUGUUUGUUAUGAAUAAUGUUACCUGUGUUUAUUGUUAAUGGGGAACUCUUUGGUAUACAUGUAUAGUGCGGUGUUUUAGAAAUAAUAAUGUUAAAAUUUGUGCAAAGUGUUGAUAUAGAUGAAUCGUUAUGGCUUCCAAAUAAUCAGGGACCAAAUAAUUUGGGCAAUAGUUUUUAUGUAGAGUGUUUUAGUGUGCAAAAUUAAUCUUUGAAGAAGAAGGAUAUUUGUUUUGCUUAUUGUUGGUCUGUCUAUUAGUUUGUCAGUAGGUCAGUUGGUCACUACACAAUUUGGUUUCCAGUCAAUAACUAGGUAAUGCUUUGGUCUACAGUGGUCAUCUUUAUAGGAUGAUUGCCUUUUGUCAAUAGACAAUGAUCCCUACUGAUUUAGGGGUCAGAAGGCACAAUGACCUUGAGACUGUAAACAGUUUAUGGUCAGUUUCUGGUAUGCUUAGAACUCUCUUAGGACUGUCAACAAUCAUAACAUGUGUAUAUGUGGUUAUUAGUUUUGGGUAAGUCUGUUAUAGGCUAUGGCCACAAUGACUUAAAUUAAAGAUAGCUUCUUACCAAUAGGUUGAGAAGAACUGGACCUAUGGUCAUUAAACUUCAGAACAUGAUUUUCAGUGGUCAGUGAAACAGCCCCUAUUAUUUUUUAGACUGAAAGUCAAGGUUACAGAAGCCUUGAGACUAAAAAUGGUAUAUGAUGUGUGGCUGGAGAACGCUUUCAACUUGGGACAAUCAAAGUUCAUAGUAUGCUUGUUUAUGCUCAGUUAAUAACACUAUUUUUUGAGGUCAUAAGGUCAAAGGUUAGUUUUACAAUAAACUGAGCCAAACUGGAAAUAAAAACUUACCCAGUUACCUCUAACAGGACAUCAGUUGAGGCAAAUGUGUUUUACAAACAGCUCUUGUUACAUUUUCAUGUAAUUAUAUUUUGUAUGUAGGUUUUAUCAGUGGAAACGAAUAUAAUUUUAUAGUUGAUGUUUAAUAUGCAGAUACAGAAAAACUGUAUUUUUAGAAAUGGAAUACAUUUUUUUGAGCUUUGUCAACAUUAAACAGUAAACAUAAAAUAGAAAGAUGGAACUAAAAAUAUAGUUUUAUGAAUAUUGGGGAAUUUUUGCCCCAUCUCUCAUACAAGAAACUGUAGAGAGCAUCUUCAAGAUGAAAUACCAGUUAAAAAUAAAAUUUAAUCUGAAUUUGGCAGCUAUAUGACUGGUUUGAUUUUCACCUGUGUUUUUACUUUAUCAGUAUGUGUGUUUUGUCUUAUGAUUAUUUUCUGCUUUUUAUAUCAAAGUUAUAAGUAAAAAGAAAAAUCAUUACUAAGAUGACUUUAGUUAAAUAGCUUAAAGGCACUUCAGACCUCCAGAUCGUACAACAAGGAAAAAUGAAAAAUGAAAUAGGUAUCAGGAAAUCAAUGCUAUAUUAGAAACUGAAAUACAUGUACUGACAAAGUACAUGUUAACACAUGAUAAUUUGUUGUUUUUACUAAUUUUUACAAUGAAAAUUGAAAAGCAUUUAUAACGCUUUACUUGAGAUAAACUGCCUUAAUUACAAAUAUCUAUUUUUAACGGGCUAAAACACAUAAUUUAUUAUUGCAGUAUUGGUAAAAACAGCAGAAAAGUUUUUAUUGCCCCAGCGGCCCAGGCUGAGGUUCAGACCCUGAUGUCGGCAUCUUUUUUUUUUGAUAUGGCAGUUUAGAAAGAAAAACUCCUAUUUUAAUGUUCAUAAUAUGACCAAACUUCAGUUUUAAAGAAAGAUCAUUUUUAACUCAAAUCUGAAGGUCAGUACCUUUAAUAUAUUGUUAGUCAGUAAUGUUGUAUCUUUGAAUGGAGCUUGCUUUUAUAUAUUUGGAUCUGUGUGAGCUAGAUAUCAAAAGAUAACAAGAAACAGUUUAAGAAUUUUUUUUAAUGAAUUUUCGUCAGACACUGUGAUAUGUUUAUUCAAAGUACAUGUACCAGAUUUUGAAUGAUUCAGACUGGCUUCAGGUUGUUAAAAGCUUAAGUGUUGAUUUACAGUGGAAAAAGUCAUUCGGUUGAACAGUUUAAAAUUAAAAAACAAAAUGAUACUUUAAAGGCACUUUAUGUGUUGGCCAAGGAAACAGAAUGCUACAAUUUGUAAAGAAGAACAGAUUUAGCCUUAAUUUUGCUUAUCAAAAUAUUAUUUAUUUUUUAAAAGGAAGGAAAGUAAUAUCUACACCUUUAAAGUUUGAUUUUUUUGUGCUUUGUUAUUUGUGGGUAUUAUUUUCUUGUUUGUGUAUUAACAUUGCCCUAGUAUUAAUCAGAGUUAAAUUUCGAUUUGGCUGUAGGUUUUGUUCACAGGAUGCCAAAAUUUGUUUACAUGUACAUGUAUUUGUCUCAAAUGUUUUACUCAAUAAAAAGUUCAAAAUUAAACAGGAAUAUCAUGAUGAAUAACAUACUUGGAAUUAUUUUGAUCUUAUAUAGGAGAGAGAAUAUGUCUUUUUGUUAGUUAACCCUUAGCCUGCUGGCAGCAAGUAAUUCUGCCUUUGCUACCAGUGCAGACCAAGAUCAGCCUGCACAUCCGUGCAGUCUGAUUAUGGUCUGCACUUUUCGUCAUUCAGUCAGUAUCAUUUGGUAAACACCCCUUUUAACAGUUAAUGGUACUGUCCUAAUUGAAAGAUGGACAAGUUAAGUACAGAAAUUUAGCAGGGUUAGGGGUUAAAAUGCAGUUCCAUGGAUUUAGUUCUGUAUUCAGCAUUAUUUAUGUCUUAGUAACUGCCAGCAGGAGUGUGGAAAGCAGACGCAUCUAGAGUAUGUGUAAGAUGUUAUAAUCAUAUAUAAGCAGCUGUUUUUUGUAUGUCAUGUAUUGAGUGUGUAUAUAUAUUAUGUAUAUAUGUAUACUUGCUGUGCCAGGACAUAUAUAUGUAUUAAACUAUGAGUAUACAAUUAAAAGAGAUAAUUUUAGAUA